CGAGCGCUUCCGGGUUGACUGUUUUCCCGCGUGAGGGAGGCUGUGGAGGUCGUCAUGCCUGCGCCAGAGAUGGCUGUCGAGCCUCAGAGUUCCCUCAGGAAGGAGGCCGCCAUGACAGGAACCGGGAGCGACGAUGGGGAGAAGGAGGAAAGUAAACAAACAGAUCAUCUUGACAACUGUGCCGUUGAGAAAACUAUGUCAAGUCAAAAAGAUACACUGAUAGAACAAUCCCAGGAUGAAGGUAGAGGCAGUCCGUUCCCUGCAGCAGUACAUCACAAGGCUCCUGAAGGAACCGCCAAAUACUUUGGAAAUUGCCCUGUAGUGAAGGAGGAACCUGAAGAAGCCACAACCCAGCAAUGGGAAGCGCAGUGGCAGGAGUACCUGAGUUCAGUGGAUGAUUCUGCUUCCCUGCCGGAGGCCCCCCACUUUCCACAGGAGCCAGCCCCCUGGGAUGACACCCCGGCCUUCCUGGCCUCCUUUGAACAAGUGGCCAAAGCCUCUCAGUGGCCCGAGGAAGAGUGGGCAAGCCGCCUCCUCCCGACUCUCAAGGGGGAAGCCGAGCUGGCCUUCAGCAGCCUGGAGGAUGAGGAAAGAGAGGAUUAUCGGAAAGUGAAGGCGGCCAUCCUGAGAGGAGACACCCUGAACCAAGAGAAGAGCCGCCAGUGCUUCCGGCGUUUCUGCUACCAGCAAGCGGACGGGCCGAGGGGCACUUACAACCAGCUCCAGGAGUUUUGCCGGAAGUGGCUGAAGGCCGAAAGAAACUCCAAGGAGCAGAUCCUGGAGCUGCUGAUCCUGGAGCAGUUCCUGACCGUUCUGCCCCCAGAAAUCCGGGGCUGGGUCAAGAAACAUCACUUGGAGAGCAGCGCUCAGGCCGUUUCCCUGGCGGAGGAUUUUGUACUCCAGCAAGGAUUGUCUCUGGUGAAGGAGGAACAGUCAACUUGGUCCCAAGGGGAAGGAUCAGAGUUGGAGGAAAACUUGUCAGAUACCGGGCCAAGGCCACAACUGUGCAAGGAAUUGGAAAUGGAGGAAGACACAGACUUCUCUGAUGCUGACUUGUUGGCAGAUGGUGAAGAUGAGGAGAAUCGCCUACAAGAAAACCCUGAACAUCAGAGAAUGCGCACGAGAGAGCCCCCAUAUAUAUGUUCUGAUUGUGGGGAAGGUUUCUUGUCAAGACUAUCACUGGAGGCACACCAGAGGGUGCAUAUGGGGCAGAAGUCGUCUUUGGCUCCUCCCGAAGUCACAGUCUAUAUCUGUGGCGAGUGUGGGGAAACCUUCAACAGUACAUUGGACCUUAGCGCACAUGAGAGAAUCCAUGCGGGACAGAAGUCUUGCACAUGCAACGAGUGCGGGGAAAGUUUCUCCCAGAUGUUGGACCUGAGAAAACACCAGAGAACCCACAGUGGAGAGCGUGGUUUCAAAAUGCCUGGUUCUGGGGAGACGUGGGUUUCGUCUCAUCCAAACCAUAGAGAUAUGCGUAGUGGAAGUAAUAACACUCCGACUUUGCGCAAAGAAAGCCAAACAAAGAAGAAAACCUGCCCAAGGUGUGGGGAAGUCUGUACUUGCCCAUGGAAGCUUCGAUUGCAUCUAAGAAGUAGAUCCCAUGAGAAUGUCCGCCGCGUACGAAGGAAUUCCCACAAGUGCUCCAAGUGUCAGAAAUGUUUUGCCAGUGAGAUCACCCUCAGCAUCCAUCAGUGCCUGCGUACUGGGGAGAAACCCUUUAAAUGCCCAGACUGUCCUGUGACCUUUCUGUGGAAAAGCAACCUCAGCAGGCAUAGAGUGAAUGUGCAUAAAAGGGAGCCAUUCAACGCUCCUCUGCAGAGGGAGAUGGUGGCGAAGACAAAGGGUUUCCCCAGAGCCUCAACUCUCAACAGGCACCAGAGCCUCCAAAGCAGAGAGAAGCCUUUCCAGUGCAACGACUGUGGGCAGAGUUUCCUGUGGGCUGUGUCUCUUAAAAGGCAUCGGAAAAAGUUCCACAGAGGGAAGAAAUCAAUCUUAGCAAAGGUGCCUGGUAUCCAGGGGAAGCGCCACGUGUGUCAAGAUUGCGGAGAAAGCUUUAAACACCAGGGGCUUCUCAACUCCCAUCGCUGUGUUCGUGCGAAAAAGAAACCCUAUGUGUGUGCUAUCUGCGGGGAUUGUUUCCAGUGGGGGGUAUCCCUCUAUCGGCACAGAAAGCAGGUCCACAAAUGGACGACGUUUCCCCCGCUUUUGCAAACGAGACCAGCCGGGCAGGACAAAAUCCACACAUGCAAAAAGUGCGGGAGGAGCUUCAAUCGGCCCUGGCGCCUCGCCGCCCAUCGGUGCAACCCCGUGGCAACGGAAACACACAACUCUCCGGUAUCCGGUGCCGUAACAAAAGGUUUUUCGUGUCCGGUGUGUAAGAAGAAGUUUGCCCGAGAAAAUCACCUCAACGCGCACCAGCACGUCCACACGGGAGAGGAACCCUACCAGUGUGGAAGCUGUGGAGAGCGUUUCAUGUGGAGGCCCUCUUUUUACAGCCACAGGAGGCAUACGCAUCAAGGGAUUGCGCGUCUUAUGAGAGCGACGCCAUGUCUGAAGGGGAAGUGCAGUGUCUGUGGGAAGAAUCCCACUUUUGAAAGACACGCGAAGGACCCCGGGAGAGAGAAUGCAACCCCCAAUCACAAGAAAAAGGAAACGGGGCCUCCUUCGGAAAGGCUGUCCGGUGACUCCAAAAACAUGUGUAAAGUGUGUGGGAAAACUUUUAGCGACCCAUCCUACGUAGCAAAACAUCAGCGCGUCCACACUGGGAAGCAACCCUAUCAAUGCUCUGACUGCCAGCAAUGCUUCCGCUGGCGUACAUCUUUUAUCAACCACCGAAAGAUUCACAAACAUCGCAAACCGGGCAAGCUGAUUCAGAAAUUAUCUGGUGCGGAAAAGACGGGUAUGAAAUCUUACAAAUGCUCAGACUGUGGGGAGAGUUUUUUGGGUCUCGCAGCUCUCGACUUGCAUCAGAUGACGGACCACAUGGGGAAGAAACUGGUCCCCGUUUUGGAAAGGAUCCCCAGUACACCGUACGAGAUGUCUUUCAAAGCUGGCAAAAAGCGCCAUCAGGAGAUAGAAGGACUAAGGCAGAAACCCACCCCAAAUGACAGCAAAAGCUACAUCUGUAACCUGUGUGGGAAAGGCUUCGCUUAUCCAUCGAGCCUUUGGAGGCACCAGUAUGUCCAUCUUCCAAUGAAGCUGUUCCAUUGCCACCUGUGUGGGAAGAAGUUCACGCUCAAGGAGUACCUUGCAAAACACAUGAAGCGCCAUGCUGGGCUCUAAUAGUUGUGGCGAAGUCACCAAGAGCAGUGCAUGCCCAAUACAGGCCGGCAUAACGGGCACGUGAAAAAUGGGAUCAUUAUGGCUCCUGGAGGGGAUCGUUGGGAACAAUUUUGGCAUUGAUGGCUAUGGGGAAACCCAGGGAAAGUCCCACAUGCAGCUCAGGAAUCGCAAAGUUGGGAUCUCAGGAGAGGAAGCCAUCGUUGGACUCCGGAGCGGAAAGAAAUGAACACAUCGUUCCAAAAAAUGUGUAUAAUGCUGAUGAGGCAGGGGGGGAUUCAAAGAGUUGUUGAUAUUUGGCCUCAGGACAAAGACAAGGAAAGGAAGCCCAGUGCUAGGCAGACCCCACACAAGGUAACUUGAAUAUUAUUAAUUGAAAAUAUGAUGCUUUUCAUCAAAUUUUUGUCCCCAAAUGCCUUUUAGGGGCGUGGGGACAUUCCUUUUUUUCUUUACUAACUUGCUAUCCUGUUUCCUCGAAAGUAAGACAGGGUCUUAUAUUGCUUUUGCCCCAAAACAUGUGUUGGGGCUUAUGUAGAGCUGUCUGGACACUAUUUAAAUUGACUUUUUAAAUAGUGACGUCUAACUAGGACUUAUUUUUGAAGAAGGGCUUAUAUUUCAAGCAACCUCAACAAUCCUGAGAAAAAGUCAUGCUAAAGAGGUCUUAUUUUUGGGGAAACAGGGUAGUAAAGGCUCCUUUGGAGGCUUUCAAACAGAGGCUGGGAUGGCCAUCUGCUGGGGGUGCUUUGAAUGUAAUUUUCCUGCUUCUUGGCAGGUGGUUUGAACAAGUUUUUUAGGGCUUCUGGGAGUUGGAUUGGUCAACAAGGUCCCUUCCAACUCUGAUUCUAAGUCAGGCAUCCUGCGGACCUCCAGCUGUUUGGGCCUCCAACUCCCAGAAGCCCUAACAAACUUGUUCAAUUGUCAGGAAUUCUGGGACUUGAAGGCCCAAACAACUGGAGGGCUGCAGUUUGAGGAUGCCUGUUCUAAGUGAUCCAGAAAUUGACCUGACCACUUCCAGGUGGAAAAUGGCUUCCAAAGGGCCUGGAACAUGAUUAAAUAUUGCUCCCCCCCACUCAAUGUGCAGCGGGUUAAACCACUGAGCUGACCGAAAGGUUGGCAAUUCGAAUCCGGGGAGUGGGGUAAGCUUCUGCUGUUAUCCCCAACUUCUGCCAACCUAGAUGUUCGAAAACAUGCAAAUGUGAGUAGAUCAGUAAGUACCGUUUCUGCAGGAAGGUAACAGCGCUCCAUGCAGUCAUGAUAGCCACAUGACCUUGGAAGUGUCUAUGGACAACACCGGCUCUUCGGCUUAGAAGUGGAAAUAAGAACCACCCCCCAGAAUUAGACAUGACUGGACAUAAUGUGAGGCCUCCUUAGCUUAAUGUGGGGCGAAAUCUUUAGCUUACUAAAUCAGAUAUUGGCUUGUAUUUGGUGGAAAGAAAAUAUUGUUGUGUCUGAAGGCCAAGGCAGCCCACCUCCGUUAGAAAACACUGGAUUGGAUCUAAAUAAUAAAUGUCUCCAUCUCAGCUGGUGGAGGCAAAUUUCUCCUUCCCUAUAUUUCCCCCAACCAUAGACCUCCCAUUCCCUAUAAAUGGAAUAGGGGACUGUACAAAACUUAAGACUUGAGAUGUUUUGCAAGGAAUAUAUGGAGAGUUGUAUGGUGCCAUUUUAGAAGAGUUGAGAUGUACCAUUAUAUGUAUCUGUAAGACAUUAAGUCCAAGCCACUUUCUAUGUGUCAUUUUCUAUACUUCCCUCGAUUUUUGUUAUCCUUUCCACUUCCUUUUUUAAAGUUUUUUUUUACAUACUUGUAAUGUCUGUUGUUUUUUUUGGAAUUUCUCAAUAAAAAUAUGUUUGUUUUCUUAAA